AUGAUUCUAGAUUACCUACAAAAGCAGAACCGCCCAUAUUCGGCUACGGAUAUUAGUGCCAAUUUGCAUAACGCGGUUACGAAGGCGAAUGCGGUAAAACUACUCAAGGAGCUGAGUGAUAAUGGAGAUCUAGUGGUCUGCAUCUCUGGUAGGUGUAUCGGAACGAUGAUGAUGACAGAGCUCUCGUCUGGUCUGUGCAUGUUGCAGAUGUUGCGGAUGUUGCAUGUAGACGUAGCCCAAUUCGAGGUCUUGGGUAGCCAGGGCUUCCCAUGGUUUAAAGAAGAUCAGGUAUAG